AUGAAUAACGUAUUCCGGCGCCUCACACGACGACGAGACCAAAGCUCCAGCAGUAGCCCACCAGAGCAAGCAGAUACUACGGGACCCAAUUUCACAGCCUCACAUCCGCAUGGUUUACAGCGAACUAUCAGCUCAAGCUCCAAACGCAGCCGGCGCUACGAAGAACCAUUGCCUCGACAUCUCAUAUUGGUCUCCGACACGGCGGAGUUUGAUCCUAAGAUAAUCCACCGCUUCCAAGAAGAAGGAUUUGAUGUGAUUUAUCUCCCCUUCCUGGGGUGUGGAAAUUCAGAGAAAGACCGCAAGGCACUGGAAAAUGCAGUGCAUCUGAAAGAAGAUGAGCUCGAGACUGGGGAGCGUUAUGCGAUUGUCGCAUACCACCGUCCGGCAUACCUCCUUCUAGCCUCGCACCAUCUAACAUUUAGCAACACAAACCCUUUCCCACGACUCUGUGCCUUAAUCGCAUAUUACCCUAUCCCAUCGACAGACCAAUUUACCUACCGGGAAAAGGACAACUGUUCGCCGCCAGGUUGCUCCGACACAGGCGCUAUCUUUGACCCAGGCCCUCAAUCGACUUACCUUCCAAUCCAGAUCCACAUCCCGGGCCCGCGAGUCCAACGCUGCGCAUUAUGGCCAUGGAUCAGUCUCAGUGCUUCAGAGGGAGACGUCACCCACAAGAAGAGGCACCGAUGCCAUGUGUAUUCGUAUGCCGGAUCCAGAGCCGGAUUCGCGGAGAGGGAUAUUUCGGAAGAAAAGUUGAAGGAGGUAGACGAAGAACUCAAUGACGAAGAUGAGAUCAGUUCGCGGCUCGCAUGGGGUCGAGUAUUGGGUUGUUUGCGACGUUCGUUUGGGGUUGGUAGUCAUUGGGCCGUUGUCGAUAUUGAGACGGUUUGGGAGGAGUAUUGGGAUCGGGUUUGGGGGGAGUUGGAGAAUCGGAGGGAGAGUCAUGGAAGUGUGACGGAAUCUGCCGUUGACAUGUUGACCAGAAAUGGUCACUAUGGUGAACAUGGUAGUCCCGCUGGGGAAUCGUGUGUCAUGUGUAUUCCGACCAUGGCUGGAGGCUCGACAAUCUCAUCUCUGAGGGAUUUCUUCGCUUAUGCCUUUAUUCCUGCUGGCCCAGCCGAUCAGCGAAUUCGUCUCUUAUCGCGUACUGUGGGCUCUGAUCGAAUCGUGGACGAGAUUCUGUUUUCUUGUCGUCAUACAGCAGAGAUUCCAUGGUUGCUCCCGGGUGUUUCGCCGUCGGAUCGAGAUGUGAAGGUCGUUAUUGUUGUUGUCGCAAGCUUUUGUGCUAGUCGAAUUAGUCGCCAAAGCCUGUACUGGGACCAGGCGAAUGUGCUCGCACAGAUUGGAAUUUUGGAUCAUGGGCUUUUGCCAAUGGCUCAAGGAAAGCAUGAAUAA